UAUUCCUGGGAGGCUUACUGUGUGUAACAGGUGGCACCAUUAGGUGGCGCUCCCUCCACAGCCUGAGCCUCCAUAAAAGGGAAGCUGGGAGGGUGGGGGCCAAGUGUCAAUUUCCUGUGUGUGUGACCAGGUGUGUGUUGGGCCCACGCUGUUUGCUGGCUGUGGCAGUUUUUUUGUCCUAGUGUGAAAGGGAAGACAACCACGGCACACAUCAGUGUUCCUGAAGAGGCUCAGUGGAUGAUGCCAGUAGGCCAGACAAACAUCCUGUGAAGCUCAGAGGUGGUUGUCCGCCUGCCCUCUCCACCUGCUGUUGGAGCAAGUUUCACAGUUUGCACAGUUUCUCUGUUGAAGCGCCCCCCCCCAGCACUUGAACCCUGCAGGAUGGGGCUCUCCCUCUGAUCACCAUCAACCUCAGCAGCAGCAGCAGGAUGAAGGCGCAAAACGUCAGGACUCUCUUCCUCGUCCUCUCCGUCGUUUUCUACCUGCUCCUCGGAGCCGCCGUGUUCGACGCGCUGGAGACGGAGAGCGAGAGCUCCCGGAAGGAGGCCCUGGAGCAUAAACUGGGCGAGCUGAAGAGGAAGUACGGCUUCCUGGAGGAGGACUACCGGGAGGUGGAGAGAGUCAUCCUGCAGUCGGAGCCGCACCGCGGCGGCAGGCAGUGGAAGUUCUCCGGCUCUUUUUAUUUCGCCAUCACGGUCGUCACCACGAUAGGUUACGGCCACGUCGUUCCUCUCACCGACGCCGGCAAGACCUUCUGCAUGUUCUACGCAGUGCUGGGAAUCCCUCUGACUCUGAUCAUGUUCCAGAGCCUGGGGGAGAGGAUCAACACGCUGGUCCGCUACCUCCUGCGCAGAGCCAAGCGGGGCCUGGGCCUCAGGGAGACCGAGGUCUCCUUGGGGAACAUGGUGCUGGUGGGGCUGCUGUCCUGCGUCGGAACCCUGUGCGUCGGGGCCGCCGCCUUCUCGCACUUCGAGGACUGGACCUUCUUCAACGCCUACUACUACUGCUUCGUCACGCUCACCACCAUCGGCUUCGGGGACUUGGUCGCCCUGAAGAAGACAGACGCCCUGCAGAGGCGGCCGCCCUACGUGGCUUUUUGCUUCGUGUACAUUCUGGUCGGACUGACGGUCACGGGAGCUUUCCUCAACCUGGUGGUGUUGAGGUUUCUCACUGUGAGUUCGGAUGCGAGGACCGCCGAACGGGAGGAUGAGCAACUUUUGACGGAGGAGGACGAGUCGGAUGCUGCAGACGGAGGACGCAGCCGGCUCACUCUUCCGGUGGAGGAGGGCGGCAGCUGCGUGAGUCUGGUCUCCUUUCCUUCCGACGACCUCAGACUCAUCGGACCGGAGCGCUCCAAGCCUCCCAAACCCAACAGACUCGGGGAUCUGAUCUGCUGCUGGUGCCGUGGGCUGGGGGUGUGCGGCAGCAGCUCUGACCUGCAGCGGGAACACACGGGCGGCCAUAGCAACCCUGUGUUUUACACCUCCGUCUCCUACAGGGUGGACCGGGUCUCCCGCGCUGCCUCUCCACAUGCCUCCCCCAGCGCUGUCGCUCUCUGCUGGGAGAGGAACUAUCGUCACAGCAGACGGAGCUCCUUCUGACACAGGAGCUUUUUGUGACCGAUGAAACCAUCAAAGGGUCAGACUGCCUUUGCUUUCAAAUGUAGCAUUAAGUGACCUGAGAAAUAUUUUUCUACACUGAACAGUUUGAAUGCUAAGACAUAUGUGUCACUUCAAA